AUGAUCAUGUGGAUUCACAAUGUCCUUCUAUAUUUUCCUGGAUAUAAAUGUGUCGAAGCACCACUAGACAAAGCGGUUAUAAGGCAUUACCGCGAUACCAAUGCUAAUAACUGGACAAGGAAAUGGUUACCUAAAGUGCAAAAGUUUGGAAAAUUUACAUUGACAUAUUAUCCUUCGCACUUCAUGGCUAAGCUUCACAAAAACGUCAAAGAACGACUAUCUCGAAUCUAUAGAAAGAUAUGACUUUACCGUUCUUCUAUGAAGUUGUUUAUCAUCUGUUUUGGACUGACUUAAAGCUUUUUCUCAAAGCUAUUAUGUAACGUAUUUUGAACUCAUUUAUCUGUAGAAC